AUGGCAGACGCGCCGCCUACCGAGCAGGUUGCGAACCUGCACCUCGACGAGGUCACUGGCGAAAAGGUCUCCAAGUCUGAGCUGAAGAAGAGACAGAAGCAGCGUGAGCGGGAUGCUAAGAAGCAGGAGAAGGUUGCCGCCGCACCUCCCAAGGCAGCCAAGAAGACCAGUGCCGAGGACGAAGAGAAGGAAUUGACGCCCAAUCAAUACUUCGAAAUCCGGUCUCGCGCAAUCGCCAAGCUCAUCGAGUCCAAGGACCCCUACCCGUACCCUCACAAGUUCAAGCGCGACUACGACCUCAACGACUUUGUCAAGCAGUACGGCCACCUUGAGUCUGGCGAGCACGACAAGACGAAGGAGCUUCGCAUAGCAGGAAGAAUCUACAACAAACGCUCCGCCGGCAGCAAGCUUCUCUUCUACGACAUCCGCGGCAACAAUGGUGUCAAGGUCCAGGUUAUGUGCCAGGCCCAGGAGGUCCGCGAGGGAGCGCCAGCUUUCGAGAAGCAGCACGACCACAUUCGACGCGGUGAUAUCAUUGGAAUUGUCGGCUACCCGGGCCGAACAGCCCCAAAGAACAAGAUCGAGAAGGGCGGAGAGGGCGAACUCUCUGUCUUUGCCACUGAAGUCAUUCUCUUGUCGCCAUGUCUGCACCAGCUGCCUGACGAGUACUACGGGUUCAAGGAUCAGGAGCAGCGGUACCGCAAGCGCUGGCUCGAUCUGAUCAUGAAUCCCAAGACAGCCGAGACCUACCGCACCAGGACCAAGAUUAUCAAGUACAUCCGUGACUACCUGGACAAUGCUGGAUUUGACGAAGUCGAGACCCCUAUUCUCAACAUGAUUGCUGGCGGCGCAACUGCCAAGCCUUUCGAAUCGCACCUGAACGACUACAACAUGGACGUCUUUUUGCGGAUAGCUCCCGAGCUUCCCCUCAAGAUGCUUAUCGUUGGCGAGUAUGACAAGGUGUACGAGAUUGGGCGCUUGUUCAGAAACGAGGGUGCUGAUUUGACUCACAACCCCGAAUUCACCACCUGCGAGUUCUACGAAGCAUAUGCCGACUUCAACGACCUCAUGCACCGGACUGAAGAGCUCGUCUCUGGCCUUGUGAAGCAUCUUACUGGCAGCUACGUCACAGAAUUCACCACUCAGCAUGGCGAGAAAUAUAGCGUGAACUGGGAGGCACCGUGGCGAAGAGUCGAGAUGAUACCCGCCCUUGAGGAGGCAACUGGGGAAAAGUUCCCCCCUACCGAUGAGCUACAUACCGAUGAGACACGCGAGUUCCUCAAGGGAGUGCUCAAGAAGGUCAAGGUCGUCUGCCCCGAGCCCCAGACUACCGCCCGAAUGCUCGACAGAUUGACGGGCGAGUUCAUUGAGGAGACUGCCGUCAACCCGACCUUCAUUACUGAACACCCCAAGAUUAUGUCACCAUUGGCGAAGGAUCACCGCAGCAAAUCCGGUCUGACCGAGAGAUUCGAGGCUUUUGUGUGCAAGAAGGAGAUUGCAAACGCCUACACUGAGUUGAACCAGCCCUUUGAGCAAAGAUUGCGAUUCGAAGAACAAGCCCGUCAGAAGGACCAGGGAGAUGACGAGGCGCAGAUGAUUGAUGAAGCUUUCUUGAACGCCCUAGAAUACGGCUUGCCCCCAACAGCUGGCUGGGGUUUGGGUAUUGACCGUUUGGUCAUGUUCCUGACCAACAACUAUAGCAUCAAGGAGGUGCUGCUUUUCCCCUUCAUGAACCCGGAACAGAAGAAGGGAAAGCAGCCUGUCGAUGCUCCUGAACAGCCACAGGUACCGAUCGAGGAGAUCCCUCAUAAAUAA